CCCCCCCCCCCCCCCCCGCGUGGAUCUUGCUGUCUGCACUUCCGCAGUGGAUGGCACGACACGACACGGAACGAAACGGCUGCUAUUGAGUCCCAGCUCCCUUCGCGACUUCGAUCUGAUCGCGUGGAGUUGAGUUGGUUUUCGUGUUUUCCUUCAAUUUGGUUGCUUCGUUGGAGCUUGUCAGGUUACUUGUUGCUGAAGGAGUCUAAUCAGUUUGUACCCCAAGAGAUCUUCGCUGCAUUGUCGGUGUUUUCAACAAUGGGCAUCGCCGAAUUGUUCAACAAGCUUAGCCGAUUAUGCAAUCUAGAUUUUUUGCCCAGUCUAGAUUUUGCGGGUAUGGUCGUGUUGGUGGGAAAAACUGCAUCUGAAGGAGCACUUCCGUAUACUUGUCUGGUCAGCGGACGAUUACCAUACUUAAAUGCCUACAUGACAUCGGGGAGUGUGGGGCUUGCUCAGGCGGUGCUAACGUGCAUCGAUUGGUGGCCCGCACGGGUUUUGACUGGACAUCGCGCUAGCGGAGGUGGGUCGAUGUUAGAGCUUUUCAGGUUGAGGGCCAGUGGUAAGGCUGCCUACAUUGGUCUACAAUCCGGGACGAGUCUCAAGGUCCAGGGUAGUGUGGGAGAGGCCUUGGUGUCAGAACUUUUGAGGCUAGGCAGGAAUAUCCCCGAUGCAAGAGAUUCGAAGUAUGGACGAAAUGCUAAGAGACCGACAUUUGUUGUCAGGGCGAAGAUUGGGACUCCUGUUGGAAGGGAAGGUGAGGUGGUGGAGGUUUCAGAGGAUGUAGGUGCUCUCUUAAGUAUUAUCGCUACAAUAGUUUCUCUUCUGGUGGUCACACUGAAUGUGCGGUGCCAGGAAUGGUUCGCCUUGUCCGUUGUAGUUACAGGCAUGAUUCUUAACGCCUUGUUGGCUUAUUUUAUUCGACUGCGAAAAUUUGAGUUCAACGUCGGGAAAGCUGCUGGAGGGUCCCCUCCCGGAGACUCUCUGGUACAGCUGAGUGAUGCACCAAAUGAUUUCUGUGUGUUGCAAGGGGAUGAGGAUGACAUUCAGAGUCUACUGCAAAGGGAAGUGCGAGAGACUGGAUUCAAGAGCGCUCUUCCUUUGUUUUCUGUGUGCGUGGCUAUGUUGGUUCACUCAGCUGUCGUGGUAUUGGGGACCCCGCAUAUGGGAAAAACUGGUCAACUACUCUUAUUGAUUGCGGUAUCUUUUGGAGCAAUAAUCGAUUUGUUAAAGGGCAGUUGGGAUGCCAACAGAAGUAUUGGAAAAUGGGCUCUUCAUAAGUGGAACAUAGAGAUACUUGACGCUAUACAAUUUGCAAAUCGAACUGCAGCAGUGGCGUAUAUAGCGGCUGGUCUACCUAAAACUGAGGCAAACGAAUGGAAUAGGCCAGAGUUUGUGCAGACGAAAGGAUUGCAGGUGAUAGGGAUUGUGCCCACAACUGGCCCAGCGUGGGAAGCCUGGUGGGAAGGCUUGACGAUUGUACUUCAGGAUGAUAGGAUUCGAUCAAGAGAUGGUAGCGCGUUGAAACUAGUUCAAGACGAGCAUCUUCCCUCCUGGUUGGAGAAGCAGAGCAAACUGUGGGCAGAUAUUCGAGAGGAUAUGUUUGAUGGUAUUCUCAUGGCCAAUAUUAACAAUGCCAAUGUUAACAAUGUCACUUUUAAGGUUAAUCAACGCCAUUAUUAACAUUGCCAAUUCUGAGGCUAAUCAACGGUAAUAGACGUCCUUGAAAUGCUAAUGCAUAAACAGAGAAUCUUCAUGCUUCAGUGUCCGUUCCACAAGGAAUCAAUUCAAUUCGGUGUAGUAGGCAAGUUCACACCUAGUUGAUUCUGUAAGCACUUACGUUGAGUUAGAUUAAAAAAAAACUGUUUUAAAUUGUUGGUUUUGCUAUAUGGAGCAUUUUCCAGUUCCCGGAUAUUGCACUUGUCUUUCA